ACGUCAAAACAUUCCAAGCGUAGCGAGUGCAAGCGAGUUAGGUAAACAAUAAAGCAAUAAACAACAUACGUCAUACAGUGUCCGCAUGUUCAACAGAGAUACAAUCUUACGAAAACGAAGUUCUGUCUAGAUAAAGAUUAUACCGAUUAUACGUGACAAUCACGCGUUAAAUCGCAAGAAACGAGAUGAGAGGUAUAUUGAUAUUCGACCAUCUGAACGAUGUGUUGUUUGUAAAAUGCAAUAAAAAAUUUGCCAGCCAUAUCCUGAAGCUGGCGAAAAUGCAGGGAUUGCUCGGUGACGAUAAGGAUACUACAGAUUUGGAAAAUUCUAUACCGAGUCCCAACAUCAUAAUGCAGUUAUUUUCACCCAUACUCACGUCACAACAUGUGAUGGCCUCGCAGUUCGGAAAUUCCUAUACCUCUAUGAAGUUCCAGGAUGGGACCAACAUGGUGUUUGACGAGUACAUUGGCUAUACCUUCAUGUAUAUUGCUUCGAAAGAGGUAGAACUCAUGAGACGUACGCUGGGAGUAUGCGUAUCCAUUGUACGGCAUGUGUGUGGUCCAGACAUUGCAAUAUUAAAGACCAAUUGGCAGAAGAUGUGUCUAGUGUCUUCUCUGUUGGAUGCGUGGUCUAAUCUAAGAAACAGCGAACAAAGCAUGUUGACAGAAGCAGUGGAACAGUUGUCCGUGAAUGCAGAAGUAGCGUCGUCGGUCCUCAAGGUACUCCACGACGCCUGCGACAAGCUGAAGAAUUCACAGCCUGAAUUUAGCAAUCUGCAUUUGCUGCUCCUAGUGGGCUCCAAAUUUCUGUCCUUGUACUCUAGCAAAAACGCUCAUGAUCUGUGCGCUUCGGACAUCCUGUUGAUGAUCCUGCUAUGCUGGGUGGUGAAUAAAAAGCGAAUGCACGAUCAGUCGGAAAGCCAUGAUGAUUGCGGUGACAGUGAUAUCUUAUUGCCGGAGAGCAGCGCUUUGAAAAGCGACGAAACAAAAUUAAGCUUCGGAGCUAAGCUGACCGCUCCUACUUCAGAGGACAUUACGGAUCUCUUUAGAGGUUCCAGAGAAUCUUCUGUGAACGAAGGACUCUCAUCCUUAACUGACGAUGAUCUCUACAGCCAAUCGCUUCUCCUCGGCUGCCAGCAUAAUUAUACAGCUAAUGCAGUUCACAUCUUCGAGUUGUCAGAUUCCAUUAAUUUAAUAGCAAUCGUCGAAGCCACGAAUCUUUCCAUUUCUUCAGGAUUAUGUGACAGUUUCCAUUAUUUAAAUUUGAUAAACAAUCUGCAGUCUCAACGAGACAUUGAUGAGUUGAAACCGGCCUUCGAGAACCUCGAUAUAGCAAUUAAAAAGAUGCUGGAGGGAAUUAAGAAGAAUCGUUCUAACGUCGGAAAUGAUGUCGAUAUGUGCCAGAAGAGGUUACAGACCAAAUGGGAUUUUAUUCGGAAAAAAUACAACGAUCUUCUACGCUCCAGAGAUCCUGAAGUGGUUCUGCAGAUCGAAGCCAAUAUUUCUGGCUUCGUCGAGACACUGAAAGAAUUAUUGCGUUUAACCUGUUUUGAUAGGAAUUUCUUGAAGCAAGGAAUUGAUGUUCUGACAACGGUUGGCAGACUCGUGAGGCAGAAGCUGAACGAUUUCAGUGACUUCCUGAAAGUCAAAGCUCUGAAAAACUUUACGCUAGGAUCAAGAACUUCCCUAACUAUCAACAAAUAUCUUGAGGAGUUUCCAGGUUUAGUGCAUUUCAUCUACAUCGACAGGAAUACGCAUAGACUCGUGGCACCUACACUGGAUUUCACGAGCAUGGAAACGCUCGCUCUCACAAUGAAAAAGAUCUGGAACAUGGUUGAGCAAAGUAGAAUGCAUUUACAAGAGGGUCAUCUAUCAGUUAUGUGGAAGGACACUACAUUCAAUUACUCCUACUUUUUAUGGUUCGAGGAUAAUUCCGGAUGUUCACCACCGAAAUGUAAAGUCUACCUUAACUAUGUUAUGAAAAAUUUCCCGAUACCGGGCAUACUUUGCGGAGAUUAUUACAGAAAAUUAACUGAGACGUGUUUUCCAAAACUCUCGCCGAGCAAAGUCCGAAUCUAUGAACUAUACUGUGUACACUUAGGAUUGACGACGUCGACAUGCGUCCUGGAACAUUCCCGCAGACUGGCAGCCACCAUCUGGGAAGUCACCGGGGUGCCAAACAAUCUUGCGGAUAUAUUCUAAAAUUGCAUUCCCUCGAGUACAAAAUUUCAAUUGUUUAAUUUUGAUUGUCUAGAUUUUAUGAAUUUCGAUAUUUCUCGAAUUUCAAUGUUGAACUUCCAUCUUUAAUUUUAAAUUCUCUAAGUAUCUUUUAAGGUAUUUGAAUUUCUGUGAUAUUUAGAUUCCUAGACUCUUCCUUACAUUUUUAUUUAAAUCGUCGCUUUUCAUAAUAUUAGUUUUCUUUCUUUCUCUUAUUGGCUGCAGGCCAAGUCGUAAAACUGUUUUCUUCAAAGUUACGAAACACUUUCAGAGAAAUGUACAAUUCCAAUUGCGACAUUUCAAAAAUUUAAUAUUUCCAUAUUAAUCAAUAUGAAAUAAGAGAUGUCAAUAACAAUAACGGGGAAACUUAUUUAUUUUGCUUAGUCUUAUCUUAAGGUUAGAUAUAUCCCUGUUUGCAGUCGAAGAA